GUCACACUUUAAGAAAAUUAGACUAAAACAUGAUUACCUUGUUAGAGUAAACGUUUUAUCAUGUUUUGGCUUUUGUUGGUGUUCUCUGAAAACGAGACAAGCUUAGUUCGAUAUGUUUGUACCUGCAAUGGCGUGGAUGUAGAUGAACCUAGUACUCAUGAAGUCUUGUACCAAAAAAGUAAAUGCAUCUUUUAUGGCAACUGAAUAAACACUUGCCCAAGCAACAAUCACUCACACUAACUAUAUCUUUCAAUCUCCAAAGAACUCAUUUUCCAAGAGUCAGUUUUUUCAGCCACCACAAUGACCAUCCCUCACUUUCUUCUUAUACCAUAUCCAGUUCUUGGCCAUGUGAAUCCCCUUAUCCACUUGUCUCAGAUUCUAGUCAAACAUGGUUGCAAUAUCACUUUUCUGAACACAGAGUUCAGCCACAAAAGGUUGAACAACAACACUGGUUCUGGUUCUGGCCUAGACAACCUCAAGACAUCAGGGAUAAAGUUUGUGACACUCCCUGAUGGCUUAAGCCCUGAAGAUGAUAGAAGUGACCAGAAGAAAGUUGUUCUCUCAAUCAAAACCAACAUGCCUUCUAUGCUUCCCAAGCUCAUACAUGAUAUCAAUGCUUUAGAUGUCAACAAUAAGAUCACUUGUUUGGUUGUCACAUUGAGCAUGACUUGGGCUUUGAAAGUUGGCCACAAUUUGGGAAUCAAAGGGGCUCUUCUAUGGCCGGCAUCAGCAACUUCAUUGGCCAUGUGUGAUUUCAUCCCAAAGCUAAUUCAUGAUGGGGUUAUAGAUUCAUAUGGGGUUCCCAUCAGAAGACAAGAGAUCCAACUCUCCCCAAAUAUGCCUAUGAUGGACACAGAGAACUUUCCAUGGCGUGGCCAUGAUAAGUUGCACUUUGACCAUCUUGUGCAAGAGAUGCAAACUAUGAGGCUAGGAGAAUGGUGGCUUUGCAACUCUACUUGUAACCUUGAGCCUGCAGCGUUUUUCAUAUCACCAAGGCUCCUACCAAUUGGUCCACUGAUGGGGAGUGAGAGCAACAAAAGUUCAUUCUGGGAAGAAGACACAACUUGUCUGGAGUGGUUAGAUCAGCAACUACCUCAAUCUGUUGUGUAUGUUUCUUUUGGAAGUAUGGCAGUGAUGGACCCCAACCAAUUUAAUGAAUUGGCUCUUGGACUUGAUCUUCUUGACAAGCCUUUUAUUUGGGUUGUACGUCCAAGUAAUGACAACAAUGUAAGUAUUAAUGAAUACCCACAUGAAUUCCAUGGAAGUAGAGGCAAAAUUGUGGGUUGGGCGCCACAAAAGAAGAUAUUGAACCACCCUGCAUUGGCUUGCUUCAUGAGCCACUGUGGUUGGAAUUCUACUGUGGAAGGUGUGUCUGGUGGCAUACCUUUCUUGUGCUGGCCAUUUGCCAAGGAUCAACAUGUUAACAAGUCAUAUGUUUGUGAUGUGUGGAAGAUUGGACUUGGAUUAGACAAGGAUGAAAAUGGGAUCAUUUCUAAGGGAGAGAUAAGGAAGAAGGUGGAGAAACUGCUUCUUGAUGAAGACAUAAAAGCAAGAUCAUUGAAAUUGAAGGAAUCGACUAUGAACAACAUAGGCAAAUUUGGUCAGUCUACAAAAAAUCUAGAGAAGUUUAUCAACUGGGCAAAGUAAUGAUACUUUUGGCAAUAGUUUGGAUUGGAAGAAGUUGUUUUUAUUAUUAUUAUUAUUAUUUGAAUCUUUGCAAUGUAUUUCGUACACAUGUUUAUGCAGUAGACAACUUAAUCUAUGAAAAAUGUUAGGAGCUGUCGUAUACAUCCCAUUUGUAUUAUGAAGUUCAUUCAAUGAAUCAUGUGUCCCUUUAUUCAC